CCACGGAGGCUGCAGGAGAGAGCGCGAUGGGCCUCGGCGGUGGGCGCACGUUCCGCGGGGACUCAUGCCCUACGUGUCCCGGCCCGACGCGCAAUUAGCAGCCGCCUCUGCAGCCCGGUGCCGCCGCCUCCCCGCCCUCCUGGGCUGCCGCGGUGAGGAACUCCAGCCGUCGCCUCGCUCAGCUGCCGGCAUUGUCCUCCGGUCCGCCGCCGCCGCCGCGGACUGCAGCGGGGCCCCGGACCCGCGCCCCAGGGACGCGCCGCCGCAGCCUCAGGUCGGCCCGGAGCCGGCCCGCGAUCUCCACACCCUACGCUCCGGGCCGCGCUCGCGUGGGUUUUUGCUGUGGAGCUGAGGAAGGGGAGAAGUCUAGUCGCCAAGCCCAGCCUUCAGCGGCGCGCAGCCCCGACGGGGCCGCGGCAGGCGUGGUGCGAGCGCCGACGGAGCCAUGAGAGAGUACAAAGUGGUGGUGCUGGGCUCGGGCGGCGUGGGCAAGUCCGCGCUCACCGUGCAGUUCGUGACGGGCUCCUUCAUCGAGAAGUACGACCCGACCAUCGAGGACUUCUACCGCAAGGAGAUCGAAGUGGACUCGUCGCCGUCGGUGCUGGAGAUCCUGGACACGGCGGGCACCGAGCAGUUCGCGUCCAUGCGGGACCUGUACAUCAAGAACGGCCAGGGCUUCAUCCUAGUCUACAGCCUGGUGAACCAGCAGAGCUUCCAGGACAUCAAGCCCAUGCGGGACCAGAUCAUCCGCGUGAAGCGGUACGAGCGCGUGCCCAUGAUCCUGGUGGGCAACAAGGUGGACCUGGAGGGAGAACGCGAGGUCUCUUACGGUGAGGGCAAGGCCCUGGCCGAGGAGUGGAGCUGCCCGUUCAUGGAGACAUCGGCCAAAAACAAAGCCUCGGUGGAUGAGCUCUUCGCCGAGAUCGUGCGGCAGAUGAACUACGCGGCUCAGCCCAACGGCGACGAGGGCUGCUGCUCGGCCUGCGUGAUCCUCUGAGGCGCCCGCGGCCGCCGGGCGCCGGCCUCGCUCUGCGCACAAAAGCCAAACGCAUCCGACUCUCUAAAUGUGAUUUCCUUUCUUGCUUUGAGAUUGGAGACGACUUUGCAUUGGCCGGGGUGUCCCGGGAGCCCGGCUGGCUUCCGGGGCCCGCAUCCCUUGCCUUCGCCCCGUGUACGAGGGGUGCCCCGUCCUGACCAUCCGAGACCCUGGUGGAAAUGUGGCUCUUUGCAGCAUGUACGUUUCUCAUUGAUUUCGGUUGACGCAUAUUCCCCCGUUUAAGUGGCCGUUAGGGUGCUGUAUUGGCAGCCCGACACCCGGCAAGCAAAAGUUUCAGCCUGGAAAUAAAUGGGGGUGGGGAGGUGGAGGAAGUGGAGGGGAAGAAGGUGGAAGGGGGGGUCUUCUCUCUCUCUUUCUCUCCCUCUGUCCCUCUCUCUCUUUUGUUAAUGACUCUUUUCUAGUUCCGAGUUUUAAAUACAUGGAAGUCCAGUCCAGUCCGGGAAACCCAUAUGAAGGAGCAGAAGGAGAGGAAGAAACUCUUGUUUUUUCCUUGUUUUCCAGGAGUAGCUGGAAAUUUAGAUCGGGUUCCUUUCCUGCCAGCUUGGAAGGGCAACCCCUCGUGACUGGUUGUGAUUCUGAGGAUGUCUAUGCAAAGUUGGAUUCUUGUUACAUUGUAUCCAAUCUGAAGUAUUGCACAUCUGAACUGGGACUGUUAACACUGAUGCCAAUACAGUGUGGGGUGCCAGAAAGUGUCUGCUGAUAUUUGUGGAAAAAAAAAAUCUAUUUUGUUUACCUACUGUAUCAAAGGGGAGCCUUGGGAGAAUGGUAGUAUUUUUUUUUAUCAGCUGUGAAAAAAAAAUGUUACAGAUCCUGCACAUUUUUGUGUGUACUAUGGUGUGUGUGUGUGUGUUUUAAGUUUAGCUUUUUUAAAAAAAAAAAAUUCUUUUGGUUGGCAGCAACAGAUUUUAAUGACUAGCUUUUAAAAAUAUAAUACAAAGACUUUGUAAAUGUGAUUCAGGGCCCCCAGCACCCCUGUGUCUGCAGAGUGCCUUCAAAACUCAGCUGUUCAGCCGCUGCCAACCGGUGAAUUUCCCACCAGUACCAGAAUCUGCUAUUCCCCAAACCACUUACCAGUUUCCUUUCAGUAAUCUUCCUGAAGGAGCCAGGACAAAAGGGCCUGUUGUUCGGUGAAUUUAUUAUUUUCAGCCUUUAAAAUGUAAUGUCUAUGUCUUGUAAUGGGUUGUCCCCCCCCCCCCUUUUUUUUUUUUCCUUCAUUUUUUUCAAUUUUCAGGUAUUUAGCUCCCCUUACAUAUUAUUUUUUAAAUGUUUUGAUUUUCUGUUAUAGGGUGUACCUUCAGAAGCAAGAGCAAGAUUUCACUGUUAUGAUGUAUCAAGUUCUAAUUGUAAUUUUAAUUCCACUCGUUUAAUCAUUGUCUCUUCAUUUUAAGACUUUUAAUACAAAAUGCCAUUUUUAAAGAAACAAA